GGCAGGUCACACACUUUACCCAUUUUGAAAACUAAAUAAAAUAUCAGAGGGUGGCACCUGGGGCUCAAGGAGUAGGGUGCCAGCCCCAUAUACCAGGGGAGGUAGGUUUGAGCCCGGCCCCGGCCAAAACUGCAAAAAAAAAAAAAUUAAGAGGCAAGUGUUUAGAAAAAGUUCUCGGUGCUAGCUAGACAUAAAUUGACAUAAGGGAAUGAGAUACAGUAAAAGUGAAAAAUAUAUGACAAAGCGAUGUGGAAUAAAAAGGAAAUACCUCCUCAUAUCAUAACCUUUAGUACCUUCCUGAGAAAACCAUUUCGUACUUAAAAAAAUAUGUGAUGCAUAUCCUGAGAAUAUGUGUGCUACUUAAAUCUUAGCCUCACAGCACAGGUUUUGGCCCCAGGCUGCGACUCUGAUCUCACCUUCCCCAUUUUUACCAGUGUUUAUCCCACACCUGCUACGCUGGCCUCUCCACUGGCAUUCCUCAAACACACCAAGCACACUGCUGCCUGGCUGCCUUUGAGUUUGUUCUGUCUACAUAGGAUGGAUGCUUCCCCGCAGCCAUCUGGCUUGCUUCUGUGCUUCCAUCAAGACUCUCCUGAAUACAGCAGCACCAGAUCCAAGAUGGAGGCCAGCAGGGGGCUGAUGAAGGAGCUUGAAGAAAUCCGCAAAUGUGGAAUGAAAAACUUCCGUAACAUCCAGGUUGAUGAAGCUAAUUUAUUGACUUGGCAAGGGCUUAUUGUUCCUGACAACCCUCCAUGUGAUAAGGGGGCCUUCAGAAUCAAAAUCAACUUUCCAGCAGAGUACCCAUUCAAGCCACCGAAGAUCACAUUUAAAACAAAGAUCUAUCACCCGAACAUGGAUGAAAAAGGGCAGAUCUGUCUGCCAGUAAUUAGUGCUGACAACUGGAAGCCAGCAACCAAAACCGACCAAGUAAUCCAGUCCCUCAUAGCACUGGUGAACGACCCUCAGCCUGAGCACCCCCUACGGGCUGACCUAGCUGAGGAAUACUCUAAGGACCGUAAAAAAUUCUGUAAGAAUGCUGAAGACAAGUGUGAGCAGAGACCCAAGCAGUGCAUUCAGACACCCCGCAAAGCAGGACUCUGUGGAAAACUGACAGUGCCACCGCCUGGCAUUAGCUUGUGGCAGUUACUAACUUUCUACAGUUUUCUUAAUCAAAAGUGGCCUAGGUAA